AAAGUGGCAGGACAUGUGACUGUUAUGCAUUCUUGUUCAAUGAUAUGUUUGUUCUGACAAAAAUCAAGAAGUACACUAAGAUCAAGAAAGGCACGACGCAGUUGACAAAAUCGGAACAUUAUGUUGUCCAUAAGCAGCCUGUGCCACUGGAUUCAUUGCCGCUGAAAUUUGCAUUUGUAAUAAUCCAUCUUACACGAUAUUAUCAGGAACUAUGGAUCGAAAAAUUUCAGGAAUCAAUCGAAAAUUACGAAUCAAUUCAGCUUAAGGAUAUGUUAAAAUGUACGCCAUUAUAUUCCAGUUUAUCGUUAAGGCGUUGUUCCUCGUCACGUUUGAUGCAAUGUAAUGUUUGUAACGAUACCUCGAUACCUCAAGCGAUAAACAGCAACACACACUACCACGCACAGUACUCGCAAUUAAGGAACGAACCAUAAGA